AUGCGAGUGCUUGACCGAUAUGGAGUCACAAAUCAAUUCAAAGCAUCAGAAAGGACAGGAGGAAGGCGUUCUCCGAGCCACGAUUGGAUCGCUUUUUCAGCGGCAAAGACACUUGAAGUCGGUGCCAUGCUAAGAAUUUAUUGGUCAGGGGAUGGGAAUGAAUACGUUG